UCCGCUAACAGCUGGCGGCCCGUGGGUGACGCGUAGGCCCGGGAGCGUCAAGCAUGGACGACCACGGCCUGGAGGAAUUCCGUCGGCGCUGGCAGGAGGAGUUGGCCCAGUCGCAGGCGCUGAGGCGGCGGCGGCGGCUCGAGGCCGGGGAGCGGCGGCCGCGGAGACCCGAGGCGGGGGCGCGCGGUGAGCAGGCCUCGGGGUAUCUGGCGCUGGCGCAGGGUCUACUGGAGGGUGCGGGCCGACCCCCGGCUCCCAGACCCGGCCGUGCCGACAGGAGGGACGCGAGCAGCCGCUCUCGCUCGCCCCCGGACCGCGAUGCCGAGGAGCCUGAGCCGCUGGUGGACCAGCUCAUCCGCGACUUGAAUGAGAUGGAUGAUGUGCCCUUCUUUGACGUCCAACUGCCUUAUGAAUUGGCAAUCAAUAUAUUUCAGUAUCUGAAUAGAAGAGAACUGGGUCGGUGUGCUCAGGUGAGCAAGACAUGGAAGGUGAUUUCUGAAGACGAGGUGCUGUGGUACCGGCUGUGCCAGCAAGAGGGGCAUCUUCCCCGGAGCAGCAUCUCUGACUACUCCUGCUGGAAGCUCAUCUUGCAAGAGUGCCUUGCCAAGGAGCAUAUGUUAAGAACCAACUGGAAGAAUCGCAAAGGGGCCGUGAGUGAGCUGGAGCACGUUCCUGAUGCCGUUUUGUGUGAUGUGCGCUCUCAUGAUGGUGUCGUCAUCGCAGGAUACACGUCAGGGGACGUGAGGGUGUGGGACACCCGCACCUGGGACUAUGUGGCCCCCUUCCUAGAAUCUGAGUCGGAAGAGGAGGAGCCUGGAAUGCAGCCAUAUGUCUCCUUUGUGAGGAUCAACAGCUCGCUGGCAGUUGCAGCUUACGAGGAUGGGAUUCUUAACAUUUGGGACCUGAGGACCGGGAAGUUCCCUAUCCAUCGUUUUGAGCACGAUGCAAGAAUACAGGCCCUCGCGCUCAGCCGGGAACAGGCCACGGUUGCCACUGCUUCUGCUUUUGACGUCGUGAUGCUGUACCCUAACGAGGAGGGGUACUGGCAUGUAGCUGCGGAAUUUGAAGUUCAGAAACUGGUUGACUACCUGGAAAUAGUUCCAGAUACUGGGAGGUACCCUGUGGCAAUAGCCACAGCUGGGGACCUGGUGUACCUGCUGAAGGCUGAGGACUCAGCCAGAACCCUCCAUUAUGUCUACGGCCAGCCUGCCACAUGUCUGGAUGUCUCAGCCAGCCAGGUUGCCUUUGGGGUGAAGAGUCUGGGAUGGGUGUAUGAAGGAAACAAGAUCCUGGUGUAUAGCCUGGAAGCAGAACGCUGUCUCUCAAAGCUCGGCAAUGCGCUCGGUGACUUCACCUGUGUCAACCUCCGGGACAGCCCUCCCCACCUCAUGGUCAGCGGCAACAUGGACAGGAGAGUUAGGCUCCAUGACCUCCGCAGCGAUAAAAUCGCCCUGUCACUGUCUGCCCAUCAGCUGGGGGUGUCCGCAGUCCAGAUGGAUGACUGGAAGAUUGUCAGCGGGGGCGAGGAGGGACUGGUGUCCGUGUGGGAUUACCGCAUGAACCAGAAGCUGUGGGAGGUUCACUCCAGGCACCCUGUGCGCCACGUCUCCUUCAAUAGCCACAGCCUGAUUACCGCCAACGUGCCCUAUGAGAAGGUGGUGCGCAACUCUGACAUGGACAACUUCGCCUGUCACAGGAGGCAUCGUGGCCUGAUCCAUGCCUAUGAGUUUGCAGUGGACCAGCUGGCCUUUCAGAGCUCUCUUCCUGUCUGCCGCUCUCCUUGUGACACCAUGGCUGGGUACAGCUAUGACCUAGCGCUGUCUUUCCCCUAUGACAGUGUUUAGGCCAGCACCUCCUGGAGAAGUGGGAGGGCAGUUUACAGACGCUAGAACUGAAGAAGCUCCACACACAGUGGGAGUUGGGGGCGGUGCUCUCCCAGGCGGCCAUGGCCACAGAGCCGUGCUGCUUCUGAACCACCCACACCACGUCUGCUGCUCUCCUUCACCUGGGGACACACCUCAGCCUGUGACGGGAGCUUCUCCACACUCUAGGGCCUCACCUUGCUGGUCUGUGUGCCGUGCUGGGGGCGGGACCCAGAGCCUCAGUGUAGGCAAGCGCUCAGAGUGGUCUCCCGACCCCACCUAGUCCAGCCCUCCUCUGUGGUUCUCACAGCUCGUCAUUACAGACCUUACCUGUGAAGACUGCUCAUUUCACCUGCUCUCCUCAGUACCUGCUGCGAAGGAGACAUCCAUCCUUCCCCGGGGAGGAAAGGGCCACUCCUUCACUCCCUGGGGAUGGUUCCCAAGCCUGGCUGGCGGUACCUCUUCCCUCAGCACUCUGCCUGCAGAAUGUUCAGGCAGAUAGAUCCACAGUGGCCAGGAGAGCCAGUCAGGGAAAGCACUUGUGUGCAAAGACCAGGCAGAGUCCCGUCCCAGCGGGUAGCCAAAAGCAGCGUGGUAGGCAGGUGGUCAGGACAUGCAUGCUGGGUCUGCAGACAGCAAAAGCCAUUGGGGCAGGGGAAGCUUUGUGCUCUGGAGACCAAGGCAGUUGAAAAAAGGGCGUACAUUUUCGGGGGGGGGGGCUGACCCACCUCUAGCCAGAAUAAUACUGAGACCAGCCCUGAGGUACUCAUGGUUCCCGGGCCCAUAGGGACUUGGUCUUGUUUCCCAGUGCUGGGGAUGAAACCUGGGGCCUCAGAUGCCUGCAAGGCAAGUGCUCCCACUGAGACACACCUCAAACCAGUAUGUGCUUUUGUGGCAUGAAGAUUUCCCAGCUCAAGACAGUCAGGCCUCAGACAUCCACUGUCUAGCUGAAGCUGAGCAUGGCCUCCUUGCAGUCCCCCUCCCACACAUCAGAGGGCCAACAGGCAGCAGCUCUCUCUCUUGCUGGGCUGGUGCCCCCUCCUGGCCAGGUCUUGCUAGGCCUUCUCUACAGCCUGAAUACUGGAGAAACUUGUCAGUCAGCACCGCACGACCAGGAAGGACCAGGAAGCUCUUGGAGAGCAGCUGCAGAGGUGACCGGAGGUACACACACUGCCAGCAGCUGGGGUGGCUUCAUGCAGGGCGCUUGGGGACAUGGCUCCUCACAGCAGCUCUGGGUGGUCCCUACUGUCAGCUAACCUCCUGGGAGACUCCCCCUCCAGCAGACCUAUCAGAGAUCUCCCCACCGGCUUCUGGGGUUGCUGCUGAGCAUCUUCUCAGAAGCCAGGAGACACCAGGACACGCCCCUGUAGCUUGCCGUUUGCCUUAUGCCAUGUCUGCUGUUAUUAAAGGUUCUG